AAAUUUACACGGCCACCACAUUCAUUUUAAUAUCAUACUUUUGACCGCAUAGGAAAAGAAGAGAAGUAUGGCCUUGUAGGAGAGCAGAGCGAGAGAGAGAGAGUGUGUGAAACUGAGCCAACACUGAAUCUGUAAGGCAGGCAGAGAAAGAGACGUGAGGAAUAGAAUAUUAAACAAGAAAGAAAGCAAACAAACAAAGAGUUAAUACACAAAUAACAGAAAGGGUUUUGGGUUUGCUCUGAGGAACAGAGAGUGAAGGGAGGCUGUGUAGAGAGAUUUAUGUCGGCUAGCUUUGCUUUGGCUGUGAUUGGGGCUCUGUUGAAGCUCUGGAUUUUGACUUCAUCUUCUUUCUCUGCGUACCUUGCCAUCUGCUUUAUGCUUCUCUGCUGGUUCUGGCAGAGAUUGAACCCGGUGAUUUCAUCUGUUUCGAUGAGUUUGAGACCAAAAAGGACUUGUUCUGGAUUACAAUACUUUGGGGCUUUUCAUAUAAAACGAUUCUCUUUCCUCUUCUUAUUCCUGAGAGGGGAUCUAACUUAAUACCACCACCCUGAUCUCAAAUCUCAAUUUUAAUUUUGUUUUCUUCACCUUUUUUUUUCUGGGUAUUUUUGAGGGGUUUUGGAGAAAAGGUAGUUUUCUUUUAGCCGGUUUCAGAAAAUGCCGGAGCCUCGGAAGCAACAGCUGAAUCAGCGAAAUGGUUUCAGAAAGUUUAAGAAAGACCGAUUUCCUGCUGAAGACUCCAAGAAGGUGAGGAAAGUUCGUGUUAUGUGUUACGAUCCUGAUGCUACUGAUGAAUCAUCUUCGAGCGAAGAUGAAGGGAGGGAGAGAAGCUAUGUCAAAAAACCAAAACGCAUAGUUCAUGAAAUCAAUCUUCAACCCAUUUUCACCCCUCCAGCUAAGGUCGUCGUCGAGCCCGAGAGUUCAUGUCAAGACAGCAACAAUGGAGUCAAAACCCCAAAACCCAAGGAGGGGUUUUUCGCAAGAACUUCAAGGAGACAGUCCUCUUCACCUUUCAGAGGUGUAAGGCAAAGGAAAUGGGGAAAAUGGGCCGCUGAGAUUCGUGACCCUUUCAAAGGGCGUCGUACCUGGUUGGGUACUUUCAACACCCCAGAGGAUGCUUCCAAGGCCUAUGAGGCCAAGAGGCUUGAGCUCGAAGAACUGUGGGCCAGGGAAACAGCUGCUCCGGCCACCAGCUCUGAGAAAAGCAACAACACCUCAUCGUCUGCCGUUGUGUCUCAUAUGUCCUACGCCAACAUCCAACAACCUUUUUCUUCCGAGGACUCUGACUCUGCCUUGUCUCGAAGGUCUCCUUCUUCGGUUCUUGAUUUGGAGACUUCGGCUUCCAAUAACAUUGGAAAUGUUGUUGAUUUGGAGAAGGAGGUCGUCGAUGAUUCUCCUGAUCUUGGAGAGCUGCAAAUACCCGACUUGGGUUUUCUGGAUGAUCCUUUGGGCUCGCUUCCAUUUGAGAAUGAACUUAGCCUGGGACCGGAGCUUGACUCGCUUUGCUUGGAGGAGUUUGGUAAGUUCUUCAACGAGUUCAGUAGCAUUGAGGAUGUCCAGAUUGGUGGGAUUGAUGGCUGUGAGCCUACCAGUCUUCCUGACUUUUACUUCGAGGAUCUUGGCAAGGAUGAUAUCGCUUGUUGGUUGGAUGAACCCCUCAACAUAGCAUGCCAAUAAGUUUUGCAGCUAGGAGUAUCUAAGUUUAGCCUCUUCUUAUUAUAAUUAUUACUAUUAUUAGUUAUGAUUUUGCAGCAAAUAGGUGAAAAAUCUCAGGAAUUCUAACAUGAGUUCUUGAGAGUGAGUGGUUUUAUGUGAGAGUUUAAUUUAUUCGUUGGUUAUAGAGAAGAUUUAGAGAGAAAUGAGCGGCAUUGUAGUGUGCUGAGUGUGAGUCCUUGGGUUUUCUUGUGCUAUUCGAGCCGUCCAAGGGUUGUCAUAUUUGUAGCAGAAAGGGUUUUACGUUUAUCUGAAGCAGAGGAGUCUCUGCAAAAUUGCAAAUGUCCUC